AUGGCGGAACAAAAUAAGGCCCGAUUUAAAAAGAGGGGCAAUUCUUGGAAGAAGAAGAAGAAGGGCAAGGCUAAAGGUGAGAACUCUAAGCCAAACCCACCUGCGCCUAAGGCUGGGCCAACGGCUAACACUGAAUGCUAUCAUUGUAAGGGGAAAGGUCAUUGGAAGAGGAACUACAAGUUGUACUUAGAAUCCAUGAAGGAUAGCGGCGGUAAAGGUCAUAUAAGUGAGAAUCGCAUGAAGAGGCUCCAUGCUGAUGGGCUUUUAACUUCGUUUGAUUUUGAAUCAUACGAGACAUGUGAGGCUUGUUUGCUAGGGAAGAUGACCAAGGCGCCUUUCACAGGAUAUUACUUUUACAACCGAUCAGAGGGCAAAGUGUUUGUUGCUCGGAACGGUAUUUUCUUAGAGAAAGAGUUUCUCAAAAGAGAGAAAAGUGGACAGAAGGUGUAUCUUGAAGAAGUUCAAGAUGAGCAAACAGGGAAGGACUCUACGAGUGACGCUAACGUAGCAGAACAAGUUGAGAUACCUGUGGCAGUAGAGGCACCGCCACAACCACGAAGCACUAAACAGUGUCCUUCAACAGCUGAUGAGCGCAAUCGUAUGAGUAAGGUUCCAUACGCCUCGGCAAUUGGUUCCAUCAUGUACGCCAUGAUAUGUACACGUCCAGAUGUCUCAUAUGCUCUAAGUGUUGCGAGCAGGUACCAAGCUAAUCCAGGCGAGAGUCACUGGACACUUGCUAAAAACAUUCUUAAGUACUUGAGAAGGACUAAAGAUGUGUUCCUAGUCUAUGGAGGUGAGGAAGAGCUCGUUGUAAAUGGUUACACCGAUGCUAGCUUCCAAACUUACAUGGAUGAUUCACAGUCUCAAUCAGGAUAUGUGUUCACAAUAAAUGGUGGUGCGGUUAGCUGGAAAAGUUCCAAGCAGGAGACGGUGUCCGAUUCUACAGCAGAAGCUGAGUACAUCGUAGCUUCUGAAUCUGCGAAGGAAGGUGUUUGGAUGAGGAGGUUUCUCAUUGAACUUGGUGUGUUUCCAAAUGCAUAUAGCCCAUUGAAUCUGCAUUGUGAUAGCAAUGGGGCUAUAGCACAGGCCAAGGAGCCAAGGAAUCACCAAAAGAACAAACAUGUACUUCGGAAAUUUCACCUCAUUAGAGAGUUCAUUAGUAGAGGUGACAUCAAGAUGUGCAAGAUACACACGGAUUUGAAUGUUGCAGAUCCUUUGACAAAGGCUCUUCCACAGCCCAAGCAUGAGACGCACAUGAGAGCUAUGGGUAUUAAAUAUCUUCGAGAUUAA